AUGGCCGAGCUUUCUUCUAACUGGAAAAAACUUCAAGCUCAACUAAAAGCUGAGGCAGCUUCCAAGCCUUCAACAAAACGAAAGGCUGAAGAGCAGCUACACUCCUCACUGCGGAAAAAGUCGUUUGAAACAUCCAAGGGCAAGGUCCCUAAAUCGCUAAAUCGAAAAGAUAAGCCGCCUGUUCGUAGAAUGGGCGGUGUCCAAAGCUCGGCAGCGAUAGACAAACCGAAGCAAACUCCAUCACCAUCCUUGGCGAUUUGGGCUGAAGACCAUGGGGUAUCUGCGGAGGAUUUGGCAGAGGCGUAUGGCUUGGGUGUCAAGGGAAACUCGUUGAUGCUGGCAUCUUUGAAAGACAGGGUGAACCACGGUCUCACCAGUGGGCUCGAGAUUGGAAAGUACGUUGCCAUCGACUGCGAGAUGGUAGGCGUUGGCCCCGGCGGGCAUGAAUCAGCGCUGGCACGCAUCAGCAUCGUCGACUUCCAUGGACGGCAGGUCUAUGAUUCAUACGUCAAGCCGAAAGAGCGCGUCACCAACUGGAGAACAGCCGUCAGUGGAAUCUCUCAAAAGGAGAUGAGAUUCGCAAGAGAUUUCGACGAGGUCCAGAAAGAAGUCAACGACAUUUUGCAAGACAGAAUUCUCAUUGGCCAUGACAUCAAGCAUGACUUAGAUGCCCUCAAACUCGGCCAUUCUCCAAGGAAUAUACGCGAUACCGCCAAAUACCCGGCCUUCAAAAAGUACGGCCACGGUAGAAAACCCGCGCUGAAGAACCUCGCCAAGGAAAUCCUCGGCAUCGAAAUCCAAAGUGGACCACAUUCUAGUACUGAAGAUGCUAGAGCUACUAUGCUUCUGUUUCGGAAGCACAAGUCUGGUUUUGACAUGGAUCAUGUCAACCGAUUUGCUCCAAAGCAACCAGCAAAUGCUGGCGCAUCUCGUCUAAAAAAGAAGACUAAGAAGAAGACAUGA